GCUACAACGUGGAUAUGUGUGUGAGGCAGCGGCUCUGGGAUACAGAGGAAUAGAGGAGAGAGCACGAGAUGCUGACAGAUUCUUGAUAGAUGUGCAAAAUGGCGCAAGCAAGUUCUACUCCUGCGAGCCACCAAUUGUUGUAGCUCGGAACAUGAAGAGCUAGCCGUAUGUCUGUUUUCUUCUGAUCGCCUCACGUUGUUUUUUCAAGUAUCGUAAUAUAUUUCAAAGUGAUUAAAUGGCUACCAGAAGGCUCUGCCUUGUUCCAUGCAUUUUUGGAUUACUCCUCAACGCUUUAGUCGGUGUGACAUCGGGAGCAGAGCUCUCCUUCACCCUGGAGCCCAGUGACAUCAUCGCGGUGCAGGAGCAGCCCCUAAUGCUGCACUGUCAGGUGGACGGUAUCCCACCAAUCACCACGCAGUGGAGGAGGAAUGGAAUCCUCCUGGUGGAUGACCAAUACUACACCAUGUUCCACAACGGCACUCUGCUGAUUGGACGCUUCCAGAGGACCAAGUCUGACGGCUCAACUGAUGAAGGGGAUUAUGAGUGCGUGGGCCAGAACUCCUUUGGUCUGGUGGUGAGCCGCAGGGCCAGGGUGCAGGCCGCUACGAUGGCAGAGUUCCAUGUCCAGCCGCGGUCGGUGCGUGCGGAGGAGGCGGGCGUUGGGCGGUUCCAGUGCCAGAUUCACGGCCUGCCUGAGCCUGCCAUCAGCUGGGAGAAAGAUGGCCGCUCCGUGGACACUAAGGAUGAGAGGUAUACCCUGCUCCCCACUGGUGUUCUGCAGAUCACCGGUCUGCGUCAGGAGGAUAGUGGUGUGUUCUGCUGUGUGGCCCACAACAGUGCAGGAGUAAAGCACAGUGCCGGGGCUCGCCUCACCGUCUCAGUCUCCCAGUCUUCUGUUUACAAAGAGCCCAUGAUCCUCGUGGGUCCUGAAAACCUCACUCUCACCGUUCACCAGACGGCCAUCUUGGAAUGUGUUGCUACAGGAUAUCCCCGCCCCAUCGUGUCAUGGAGCAGGCUUGAUGGCCGUCCGAUAGGUGUGGAGGGCAUCCAAGUGCUGGGUACAGGGAACCUUAUGAUCACAGAUGUCGGGGUCCAGCACUCUGGCGUCUACGUCUGCGCUGCCAACAAACCAGGGACCCGUGUACGCAGAACCGCUCAGGGACGUCUGGUGGUCCAAGCCCCAGCAGAGUUUGUGCAGCCUCCCCAGUCCAUCUCCCGGCCGGUGGGCACCACUGCUAUCUUCACCUGCCAGGCGCAGGGUGACCCUGUGCCCCAGCUCACCUGGCUGAAGAACGGGCAGAUCCUGGAGCCUGGAGGUCACGUCAAGCUCAGGAACAACAACACCACGCUGACCAUCUAUGGCAUCAGUCAGGAGGACGAAGCCAUCUACCAGUGCAUCGCUGAGAACAGCGCCGGCUCCACCCAGGCCAGUGCCCGUCUCACCGUGCUGUGGGCAGACGGCCUGCCAGGGAUGCCUAGUGUGGUGCGGGCCGAGGCCCUCUCACCCAACGCCAUCCAGGUGUCCUGGAAGGAGUCUGCCCAGAACACUCAGGAGAUCAUCGGCUACGUGCUCCACAUCCGCAGGACCACAGACCCAGUGGAGAUGGAGUACCAGGAAGCCGUCAGUAAGGUGACACUACAGCAGGUCGUGGGUGAUCUGGAGCCCUCCACCGGCUAUACCUUCUAUGUGAAGGCCUACACGUCCCGCGGAGCCAGCAAGCCCUCCGAGAGCGCCACCGAGAGCACACUCGGCGAAGUGCCAGCACCCCCGUCACUGUUCAUUAAAUUGGUGAACAGCAGUGUGGUGCAGGCCGUGUGGGAGCCAUCCUCUAAGAUGGGCCAACAUGAGGGCUUCAGGCUGUACUACAGGAGGGUCCACACCCCCCUCUUCACCGGACCACUCACCUUCACCCGCAACGUCACCCAGUACAACAUCACCCAGCUGGAUCCAACCCUGGUGUAUGAGAUUAAGGUUCUGGCCUUCAACCAACACGGAGACGGCAACGCCACCAUGCGCUUCGUCUCACUGAAGGAGGCUGUGGAGAAAUCAGUGCUGAACACCCCCUGUGACUGUCUGAAGGAUGAACAGAGCAAGACCUCUACAGCCGGCAUCAUCAUCGGCAUCCAUAUAGGAGUCACCUGCAUCGUAUUCUGCGUGCUCUUCCUCAUGUUCAGCUACAGGGGGAGGUUGAUGACGUGUAAGACAGUGCAGGCCACCCCCCAGGCCGGGCGUAACAUUUCCCUACAAUCGUCGUCCUCCUCCCAGGGGGCCCUGGCCUUAAACGGGGUGAGCAGGUCAGGCAUGGAAGGGAACGGCAGCCUUGCUGGGAAGAGCAGGGGAGACAGUAACGAGCUGGAGAGACUCUUCUCAGGCCCGUCCCACUGUGGAGACCUAGCAGACAGUUCACGCAUGUUGGAUAAGUCCCUGGUGUCCUGUGCGCUGAACGAGACCCAGUUGUCCACUCUGCCGUUGGAUGACUUCAGCCUUGUGGAGGAGGACAGAGAGACACAGUUCCAGAGGCCUCCAGCAGAGGGCCGGGGGGCCAGUGACAGGGCUGUGGCCGGGGUCACCCAGCAGGACCAGACCUGAUGGAAGCAUGAAGGUCAAGUCUGUGACACGGUCACAGUGUCACCUCAGACUCGUAUCACACUCAGGUCGACCGAAGCAUUUCCUUUCAUAUUCGUUUUUUCUUUGUGCAAAUAAUUGUAUUAUUGGUAAGUUAAAUAAGUCGCUUUCUGGAAAAGUUAUAGGGUCUUGGACUCGUUCUUGGAGGUGUCCCCGGCCUAGGUUUUUGGUGCGCUUUUGUGAUGGACGGCUAGGUUUUAGCUUUGGCAGGUGAAUGAUGUGUUCUUGGGUUUUUUUUACUUCCUUCAUUUUCUGGUUGCCGGCAGCACACAGAAUAGAUGUCCAGAAUGUCUUUGUUAUACACUCGUCAUUUUAUCUCAGAAUCUAAUAUGUUUUUAUUUCUCUACUAUCUCACAAAAAGGUUUUAAGUUAUUGGCCUUAUUUCUACUUUUUCUUUCAAUGUCAAAGACUGCUGCCUCCUCAUAGCCUAGCAAGGAUUCCACAAACGCAUCCAACGAAGACUAAGGCCUUCUUCCAGUGAUUUCAUAUAUUCUCUGUCUCAGGACUUUUAUUUUCAGUGAUAUCGUUUUUUUUCUUUUAGUUCUCGGCCUUCAUACAGGUUCUCAACUUUCUCUGUGAACCUUAGGAUUCAACAAAAACCUACCUCAGCCGGAAUGAAUGUGACGUGGGAAACCUUUUGGAUCCGUCUUCUCCCCCUGCGUUCAGUUACUUUUACAUGUAGAGCGAUCGGUUCGUAAAACACGAGAACAGGUGCCACGCUACCUCAGAUGUCAAGAACCGCCGCUCUCCUGCUUGUCGAAAGACGGAAAAAGGAGAGAGAAAAAAUCUAACGGAAAAGCACUUCGAGAAAACGCUGAAGUCCACGUUCUACCUCAAGAUAACAAUGUUGUAGUUGUUCUUUCUUUCAUAAUGAAACAUGUACUUCUGUUGUGAGAGCUCCUGGCUUCCCUCCGUUGAUGAAUUGCUGUUUGUGGAUAUGUCAGUACCUCAUGCAAGUUGACAGACGAUAUUGUUGUAUGCAUUCUACUUGUAAAAGACAUUUCUCAGCGUUUUCCAUCGUGUUUGUCUGAGAUAUUUUGUCUUUGUUUUAUUUGAAUCUUAGUUGCUUCUGUUGAUUGAAAAGACUGUUAGCGAUGCACUGCACUGCCACUAAUCACAGUUUUACUGCUAUGUGAGAACUGCUGCAGAUAUUCCAUUGGGCAGGUGAGGUUUUAGUUACAUUUACACUCGAUUGACAUACAUCAUAUGUGUAUUUAUGAAUGAUUGCGUGAUGGAACUGUAUGUGUGCGCGCGUGCGUACUUGUCUGCCUGCCUGCGUUUGUGUGUGUGUGUGUGUGUGUGUGUGUGUGUGUGUGUGUGUGCGCUAGAUACCGAGUGAAUGUGAUGUAUUAAGAAAAUGAAGCACAAAUGUAUCACAAUGUCAUUCUAGGCAUUGACAACCACAAAUGUUAAUGUAUCUGAUAUGAUACCAGGUAAUUGGCUCUUUAAUUGACCAUAGAGUCGUUCUAAUCUGAUUUUUGGCCUGCCUGUCACUCACUCGAAGCUGUGGCACAGUGCACUCCUUUGUUAUAUUUAAUCAGGGCUCAAAUCAAAUCAAUUCCCUUCUGUCAUAAAGGAAUAGCCCAGACUUAUCGAGCCUGUCCAUCCCAGAUCCCUCACUCCAUCCCUCACUCCAUCCCUCACUCCAUCCCUCCUCCAGACUGACAAAUGAAAGUGCUUCAGGAAAACCUUUAUCACACUGCUGCAUGUAAAUCCAGAGGGAGAUGGUUUAACAGGUGGACCACAGGUAUUAACUCACAGGUCUGAGUUCAGUGUGCUCAUGCUGUCAUCUUCCUGAGCAAACACACAGUCAACUUGAUGUUAUUAGACUUGGAUCUGAUCCAGGGUCAGAUCUGGGAGUGCCACCACCACUGCUCCACCUGUUCCUCCAGAACCAUGCUCUCUGGAGCUGGAGCUUCCCUGAGGCAGAGCCAACCUGAGCCAGGCCAGUACUCUUACGGUAGCCUGGGUUAGGGCCGCUGUCCGACGGACACCCUGUCUUCUCACUGGCUCUCUCUUCUGUAGAGAUAGAUCCCCUAUGAACUCUAUGCUCUCUACUGUGUCUCAGUCACAUAAUGGCCUAAAGCAGUAUUACUCUGGUACCUACCUCAACCCCGACACGACAGGCCUGCUCUCAGGUUGCUCCUUCUCACACUUCUAUAUGUGCAUAAAUAUACACCACACACACACACACAAACGUAAUGACACACACACUCCUAGGGAAGGGAGGAUGUCUUCAGGGCCUUGUGGUAGUGCAGUUGUGUGACAGAAAAACAGUUGUUUUUGUCUUUAUGCUUAGCUUUUGUGGAUGUGAAUGUAUCACAAUUGUUUUUAUUACAUUUUUGUUGUAUCAGAAGCUUUUACGUUUUUGUUUUUCCACUCAGCCUUGACUGUCUUUGAACAUGUGUCUGUUAUGGACUAAUAAACGAGGACAUCAAGCACUCACUGCAAACUGUAGUAUAGCUACUCAGUAUAAACUGUAGUACAGCUACUCACUGCAGACUGUCGUACAGCUACUCAGUAUAAACUGUAGUACAGCUACUCACUGCAGACUGUAGUACAGCUACUCAGUAUAAACUGUAGUACAGCUACUCACUGCAGACUGUCGUACAGCUACUCAGUAUAAACUGUAGUACAGCUACUCACUGCAGACUGUCGUACAGCUACUCAGUAUAAACUGUAGUACAGCUACUCACUGCAGACUGUCGUACAGCUACUCAGUAUAAACUGUAGUACAGCUACUCACUGCAGACUGUCGUACAGCUACUCAGUAUAAACUGUAGUACAGCUACUCACUGCAGACUGUAGUACAGCUACUCAGUAUAAACUGUAGUACAGCUACUCACUGCAGACUGUCGUACAGCUACUCAGUAUAAACUGUAGUACAGCUACUCACUGCAGACUGUAGUACAGCUACUCAGUAUAAACUGUAGUACAGCUACUACUCUUUUACUCCCAGAACCCUCCUCACAGAUGAUGUGCAGCAACAGGUGUUUGUAAAUACAGAUAAUGAACAGUCACCAGUUCUCAUCCCUGAUUUAUUGCAAGGGAUUUCUGCACUCAAAUUGUGUCAAUAGAUGGAGUAACUCCAUUAGAUAUGAAAUACUGUACCUUUCAUAUAAAACCUCUCCUGUAAAGACACACACAUAUUCCUACCUUCCUAGGCUGCAGUCAUCGAUUGAAUUGUAGUAAUUUGUUGGUCCAAUAUGUUUGAGUUAGAUAGUUUAGAGCAGCCAGUGCUCUCAUCCCUUUGCAGUUGGCUGAUUAGAGGAAGUGUGUGCAGCGCUUGGUCCAUUCUAGAUUUGAUAUGGUAGCGACACAAGCCUGAAACGGACUGCUUAAAUAAAUGGGACGCCUGUGUUAAAGCCGGGCUGUAGAACUGUGUUUCUGUUGGACUAUCUAUUGUACAGUUGUAAUGCACAUUACAUUCCAGAGACUGUGUGUCAGUGUGUGCUCCUCCGGCAGAGGGUUUUUAUUGUACGAUGCAGUAGAAGUCGUUGUUGUUAAUGCUUUGCAUUGUUGCCGAAAAAGUGGAACCAGAACUCGCCUGCAGUAAUUCUGUACUUUGUGUUUGUUUGUUUCUUCACCGUACGUUUCUUUUAUUGUCUCGCGGGUCUUCAUUUCUUGUAUUGUUAUUGUACAUGAUGGUAGAUUUACAUUGCAAGUCUUAGUAAACAAUAACGAUAGUUGUCAAACUAGCAGAAAGAAAUGCCUCAAUGUUACACGCGUGUAUUUAUGAACUGUUGAUGUAAUAAUGUUCUCUCAUGUGCGUCUUUAAAAGCGUAAAAGAUGUUUGUGAGGAGGGGUCUCUCCAGAGAAACCAGAGGUACUUUUUCUUAAUAAUUUACGGUUCAUUUCCGAUGCUGGAAAUUGCCCACAUCUCAUCCCUGAUUUGACAGGUUUUAGUGCCAUACAGUGCACAACUUAUUUACCCUUCACCCAGAAUGCCGAGCUGUAAAAUGGGGCGUCAUGUUUACAUGAUUGAUACGAUCAUGAUUCUCCCAGUGCUUUUACACUCCUAUAGAUCAAUGUUAAGAGCUGCCCUCUGUGAUCAACUGCUGAAGCUGCUCUAGUCUAUUCUGACUUAUUACCACUCCAUUGGCUGGUGAGAUGAGAUUCUCCCACUAUCUAUUCUCAGCCCUGCUUCUUCCUCUCGUGAGAUUCCCAUCCGCUGAGUUUGUUUCUCUGGACAAAGAGAGAGUGGGCUGACUGUGCUCAGGGAACAUCUAUCUAAUCCUUAUGUUGUAUUCGCCACAGCGGAACACGGACUGGGCGCUCCACUAUGAGAGUCCAUGUCAUUUAGUACAAUCUUCCUCUCACAGUGCUCUGACUGUGCCCUAUUCAACCAGUUUAGGGGGAGGGACUGCCUUUUUUUGUUUAUCGACUAGGCAAAUAAUCAAGGAGAUAAUCUGUCCACUGUCACACAUACUGAGCAGAUAAUGGUAAUCCUCCAUGCAUGAAGAUGUGUAGCCUCUGUGAGCCACGUAUAUAGGGAUUCAUGAAUGAAGUUCACAACCGCUCUUCUUAGUACGGUUUUGUCUCCUUUUGUCUCUCUUCCUUGCCCCUCUCUGUAAUGCCACCUCUCCCUACACACACACACACACCAGCGACACACACACAUCUUUGUAAAGAAAGGAGUGUUUGUCAGAAUUACCCCAGUGCCCCAGCUCUCCCCAGAGAGAAUCAGGGGAGAGACAUUAGCUGGUUUAUCUCUGGCCACACAAGCCUAUUGAGAACUGGAGAGUAAACACGUCAAACUGGGACUCUGUAAAACAAACAUUUUUUUCUGUGUGACAAUAAUGUUACCAUUUCAGCUUUUUAAGCCUCUUCGUGAAAGGGAUUAAAUGUUCAACUGUUUUCUCUGUUCUCUAACCCAGCCUUGGAAGGCGAGGGGAAACUCUGAAACUACUGCUGGCCAUGUUAUUUUCCUCUUUUUUGUUUCUUUCUGUUUUUGCAGAUGCUAUACAUGCUAAUUAGGACUCCUGACAAGUUAGGAACUCUCUUAACUGGCAGUUGCUGACCAGUGGCCACAAAGGAAAUAGUCAAGUAUCUACCAAAACUAAUAUAGACACUUGCACAAUCUUGUAGAAGUGAUUGUUUCAAUUUUAGUUCAAGUUACUGUAGGAGUAGGUACUCACGGUAUGCCACACUGGCCUGACAUCUUAAAACGACGAAGGUAACCCUCUCCCCAAACUGGUUUGUGCAUGAGUUAGUAUCUCAGUAAGAUUUGUUGCAACACGUCCGUGAAAUAUGGUGUGGUGUUGAAGCUACAUGAGGUACAACUCCAAGUCUGUCCAUGUAUGCCACAUUUUUGUUCAUGUUGUAGAAACAGGAGAAAGCGAGCUACAUAUUGUAGGAACUUGUAGCGAAAACGAUUACAGCAAUAUCUCAUUGUUGACAUGUCUGACGGUGUAACCGACGAACAAGGCCUGUUGAGGGAUUGGCCUUUGUGUCAUGCUGUAACACCACACAGUUCAGAUGUAUUGAUCUGUUAAUAUGUGCUGUAUUGAUCACUGUGGCACCAAAUGAAUAUACUUUUGAUUGUAAAUUGAUUACAUUUCUGGUGCUAUUAUCUCUCAGAUAUUCUCCCCCCCAAAAAAACUCGCUGACUGUACAUGUCAGAUAAUGCUGAUUUGAAGAUUUUCAAAUAAUUUGAAUUCUUGUCAUUUAGUGGUGAAUUAAUGGAAUUGUAACUUAAAGCAUGUUUGAGAUCAGUAGUAUAUUUGCACCUCUGUCGAGAAACACGUUAAAUCCAAUGUAUUUCAGCAUGGGCCACAGAGAGAAGUCGUUUUUUCAAACCAUAUCUUUCUCAGCUAUUCGCAAAUGUUGCUGUUUUAGCAGGCUGCUAAAGUGUUAGUUUGUCAUUACUGGAUUUGCGAUGGUGACACUGUGACAUUUAGCCAUUGGAAUAGGGCAAAUAUUGUCAUCUUACCAUGAUGCUGUUGAUGUUUCUACUCCACACCGUUAGUCUACAUAUUUGACAGUGUUUAUUUGCUGGAACUGUUUCUACUCAGAAAGACAUCGUCGUGUAUCAUCUUGACUGCUUGUUGAUCCUCUUCAUAUCGUCUUACCUGUUAUUAUCACUCACGUUGUCCUGUUUGAUCCCUUUUCCACCACUAAGAGAUGUAAUUGAUUCACCGUCAAACCGUAAAAUCGAGGUCAUGGUCACUAAACCGUGGAGACAAUAAAGCAUGAACCUCUCCAUACAAACGUCUUGUCAACAUGUGUUCAUGUUAAAGCUGUGCUUUAGAGAAGCUUAUGGAAAUACACACAGAGUAUGCACAGCUUUAAUCUACAGUACAGACCUGCGUUGUUACGGCAUCAGCAGAGAUACGAGAGCUGCUUGUAUCUCCAGGUAAACUUGUGCCAACUUACUGUAGCUACAGUUGAGCUUACACAGGUGGUGUUACUGUCAUAUUUGAUCUCCUCUUACGCAGUUUGGUUGGCAAUACUGACUGUAUCCCUCCUCGCGUCCUCACAAACCUGUGGCAUUCUCUCCACCAGUCACAGAAGCCACCAGGCACAUCGCACAGGGCAAGGGGAAAAGGCUUUCUCAUACAGAUAUUAUUCGUACGACUGUCAAAGUCAUUGUUGCUACUGCUACUACCAUGCCAUUGGGUUAUGGUAUCGCUGCCAGGGUGCUAACCUAAACCAAAUGCCAAAUACAGUGCCCAGCCAGUUUCUAUAGCCUCACUGUACUUUUAAUGGGGGCAAAGGCGCCUCGGUUUUUAGUGCUUGUGUUGGGUUUGAUAUAGGGACAGAGCUGGUGUGAUGAGAAUAGCCAGGCUAUGGAGAAGGAACUAAGAGAGCACAAACCUGUACAGUAUAGUAUAAUCAGCUGCAUAUUGUCUGUGGGGAGCUGUUCAGUCACAUCUGUCUGUCUGUUUGUCUGCCUGUCUGUCUGUCGGUCUAUACGUCUGUCUGUCUAUAUGUCUAUCCGUCUAUAUGUCUAUCCGUCUAUAUGUCUAUCCGUCUAUAUGUCUGUCUGUGUAUCUGUCUGUAUAUAUGUCUGUCUGGCUAUAUGUCUGUAUAUAUGUCUGUCUGGCUAUAUGUCUGCUGUGGUCAGUGCCUCUGCCUGCCCAAGUGUCCCACAAUCAAAUUCAGGUCAAUAUGAAAUGAUUUUAAGAGAUUUUAGAUCAUUUUUCCCAUCAGGGAUCACUUGUAUGUGUCCACAAAUGUGUGUUCUCUAUGAUACAGUAUCUGUAGUUGGUCGUGAUUCACAUGUGUAUACAUAUGUAUAAUACUGUAUGUAUGUGUAUAUGUGUAUAAAGACAGACUAGAUAUUUUUUAGUGGUUUGUAUUGUUUUAGAAGUCAUUGUGCCACGCUGAUUAAAGGCAAAAGACGACAACAACAAUGUUAAUAAACUAGCUCUAGUAA